AAAAUCUUGACAAGUCCAAAAUUUGUAUUUAAUGGUCUCUCAUUUCUUUAGAUCCAGCAUUUUCAUUGUUCUCAUUCCUUUUGCCAUGGCUGUUCACAAUUCUCACCAUCACGAUUUAGGAGCUUUUCUUUAACUCUUCUCAUAAAACAAUCACAAAAUCCCACUUGCCCAUUUUCAAAAUUUUGAAUUUCUUUUCUUACAUGAAUUUGAAUACUUAAUAGGCAUCAGCGACUUUGUUUUGAGCUAAUGGAGUUCACGGAGGGUUAUAAGCAGACUGGGCCAUGUUGUUUCUCUCCCAAUGCGCGCUACAUUGCGGUUGCUGCCGAUUACCGGCUAGUGAUUCGCGAUACCAUUUCUUUCAAGGUUGUGCAGUUAUUUUCAUGCUUGGACAAGAUUAGCUAUAUUGAAUGGGCCCUUGAUUCUGAAUACAUUCUUUGUGGUCUUUAUAAAAGACCAAUGAUACAGGCAUGGUCAUUGACCCAACCUGAAUGGACAUGUAAGAUUGAUGAGGGUCAUGCUGGCAUUGCGUAUGCUCGGUGGAGUCCAGACAGUCGUCAUAUACUUACUACAUCAGAAUUUCAAUUGCGUUUAAUAGUUUGGUCGUUGCUGAACACUGCAUGUGUACACGUGCAAGGGCCAAAGCACGCAUCGAAAGGAGUUUCUUUCACUAAAGAUGGAAAAUAUGUUGCAGUUUGCACGAGGCGUGAUUGCAAGGACUACAUUAAUCUUUUAUCUUGUCAUACAUGGGAGAUAAUGGGUGUAUUUGCUGUUGACACACUGGAUUUGGCUGAUAUUGAAUGGUCACCAGAUGAUAGUGCAAUUGUGAUUUGGGAUUCACCUCUUGAGUAUAAGGUCUUAAUAUAUUCCCCAGAUGGGAGGUGCCUUCAUAAGUAUCAAGCAUACGAAAGUGGAUUAGGCGUAAAAAGUGUGUCCUGGUCUCCAUGUGGCCAAUUUCUAGCAGUUGGUAGUUAUGACCAGAUGUUGCGGGUUUUGAAUCAUCUUACUUGGAAAACAUUUGCUGAAUUUAUGCACCUAUCAACUGUUCGCGGUCCAUGCUGUGCUGCUGUUUUUAAGGAAGUAGAUGAACCAUUACAACUUGACAUGUCUGAGUUAUGUUUAAGUGAUGAUCUUAGACAGGGAAAUAGUGAAGAUUCCCCAGACGAACCCUUUAGAGUCAGGUACGAGGUUACUGAAGCUCCAAUCAAUCUGCCUUCUCAGAAGCCUCCUGCUGAUAAACCUAACCCGAAACAAGGAAUCGGUCUUUUGUCAUGGAGCCAUGAUAGCCAAUAUAUAUGUACCCGCAAUGAUAGCAUGCCUACCAUUCUCUGGAUAUGGGACAUUUGCCACCUUGAACUUGCUGCCAUUUUAGUUCAGAAAGAUCCAAUCCGAGCAGCAGCUUGGGACCCGACAUGCACUCGUCUUGUCCUUUGCACCGGGAGUUCUCAUCUGUAUAUGUGGACUCCAGGAGGCGCUUACUGUGUAAGUAUUCCGCUUCCACAGUUUACCAUUAUUGAUCUGAAAUGGAAUUCAGAUGGGAGUUGUCUUUUCUUAAAAGAUAAGGAGACAUUUUGCUGUGCUGCAGUACCUGUACUUGCAGAAUCUAGUGAUUAUAGCUCAGAUGAUUAAUGCAUUGUUUUUCCAAAACCUUGUUUGCUAACCAAUGUAGAACAUAUUUCUUUGUGUGUUUCUCUUGUAUAAUUGCAUCAUCGAGAUUACAUAUUCUAAAUCUCUUCAUGAAGAACCUCUCUGAUUUAUUUUUA